GAAUCUCCGAGAUAUUUAACCGCUAACGCCUGCUGGAGAGGCAUGUAAUAAUAUUUUCGAGUGAUAUCAACGAAGAUAUUCCCCAGGGUAUUUCGGAGCCGUUCAAAUACCGUCAUUUUAUCAUCGAGGCUAGAAGUUGCAUGAGGAACGAAUGCCGUUACAUCGUGUCCCUUUUUAGCGAGGCCCUGCGUCAGGGAUGAAGUUAUCGAGAGAUGGGACCUUCCAGGAAAGGGUAAUAGCACCAGAAUUUUGGCACCAAACCCCUCUCGCCCUAUCAGGCAGAAGAGAAAUAAAUUCGCGAGUAGACGCAUCUGGAAAACAAUAAGGAACACAUCGAAGUUUACUUGAAUUAUUUCUACUCAGUCUUUCAAAAUUUAAAGUCAACGAAACUCAACGAGUUUAGAUGACGCUAAUGACUAACAAUUAAUCUGAAUUACGUGAUUUGCUACAAAACACCAGGGGAUGGAACCUAUUCUUGUACAACAAUACCUGCCGGAGAAGAAUAGAAAAAAAACACCUAAAAUGAUCGAGAUUUAUUUUCCCCUCGAUCAUGGAAUAUUAAAAUAAACAAAUACGAUCGCAUGCUGAUUAUCUCGCAAAGGAAGCAAGCCGAUAAUCUGUUGAAUAAUUGCGAAAAAAAAAAAUCGUUAUGAGGGUCGCUACACUUUGACUUUGAAAAUUCUACGCAAAGUCGUUCGAUCCUCAUCAAUUCUGAGCGGCGUGAAAGAACGCUCCCUGUUUUCUUGUAAAGCUAAAAAGAUAAAUCAUAUCCAUAUUUAUAUAUUUAUACUGAAACUACCACAAUUGAAAAAAAAAAUUCUAAUUAUUUUAAUCGCAUUGAAUUCUCAGAAUCGCGUGCCCCUUGAUCUAAUUAUAAUGCGGAGUUAUAAAAUAGGUAUGUUUAAUAGGAGUACGGUAAUUUAUAUUAUUUUUCGGUGGAGUUAGUAGGUAUUUAGUUUUUUUUUGGUCUCGGUUUUUUUUUCUUCUCUUUCGUAAAGGUACAUGUUGUCUAGUUGUAUAUUCUCUGACAGGUAGGAAUUUGAUCGACUUUACCAUCUAACAUUGAAUUCAAGCCUGAAAAUUCUGGCGCAAUUGGCGCACCGGUAUAUUUUUUAGCAAGUUGUCCCGCCUUCCCCUCAACGCUGCUACCCUUUUUUAGGGGUUAGAAGCAACCCCCGUUAGAAACACGCGACAGUUGUUCUUUAAACUUGCAUCGACAAACAUCGGGUAAAUAACUGCUGAUCAGCUGAUUAAAAAAGAAGAAGCCAAGAAGUCUGGAAAAGACAGAAAAAGGUUGCAACUUCUGUCAAGUAUGCUGAAAGUACAGCGCAUCAAUAACAAUUGUUUUUGAUGAUAUAUUAUUAUUUUUAAUUCAAACUUGCAACAAACGUCAGAGACAUGACAUCGUUUCACGAGACGCAGGAUUUUUACAAAAAGAUGCUCGAACUGCAAGAAAGAUUGAGAAAAAGCGAAGAUGAGAGAAUGAAACUGGAAGAAAGAUUCAACCAACUUUCACAGGAAUCCAAAUCCAGGCGAGAAGCUUGUAUAAAUAACUUAAGGAUUCGUUACAUAGAAUUUCUCGAAGAACAACGAAUUCGGGACGAAAGAAACCACCAGAUUAUCGGAGCUUUGGAUAAGAUUGACGGUAGUCUGGCACGCAUGACGGCCAGGACCGAUCGUCUUGGCAUAUUGCGAAAACAGUACGAGGCAUACCUUCUUCGACUAUAUUCGAGCAGAAGAUCGGCGAGGGUCGGCGGGACGGGCGACAGUGGAUUGGGUAGCCACAACGAGGAGUCUCAAAAACCGAGCAAUAUUUUACCCCAGGCAAAUGUGAUUUCCGUGGGAAAUUCAGAACAUCGAUCUCCGGUUCCCUUGCAAACGCAUUAUCCACAGUUGUACGUAACACCGUCGAAUAUAUCGCAGUUUGAUGUACCUCGAUACAACUUGGCGCCGGGAAAUUUACCGCAAAUUAACGUCGUCCAACCACCUUAUGGACGCCAGGAUCAUUUGGGUAUUCAAGAAUUUCAUACCUCUAAAAAUAUUCAACAUCCAAACAUUUAUGACGUUGGUAAUCCGUCAGGUUAUCUUCAAAAUCAAAAUCGUUCGCCACGUAAAGAUCAAUCGCUGAUUCCUUCUCGAAUAAUUCCCUCGGGACAUCGGGAAGUUUUACCCGAAAAUUCCAAUCAGUUGCGAAAUUUGAGGGGAAUCCAUUCGGAGUUCCCCUCGUCGGAUUUCAAUACUGAAACUUUUGGGCCUAACGGACACAGUACGCCACUUCCGGGGUACUUGGAUUAUUCGAGUAGAUACGGCAGACAGGCAACUUCUGCUAAUGAAUCGGAAUUUUUGAAAAAUUCGCCAGGAUUUACUACGAAUGAUUUGGACAAUGUUAUAAUUAGAAACGAGCAGAUUUUGCCGAGAGAUUAUCUUCAUAAUUCUGAAAGUGUUGGACGCGCUUUGAAAACGCCCAACGCUAGUCGGAUGAAAGAUGACGAGCUUGAAGAUUACAUAAAAAGAAUCCGAAGUCUUCACAAGGAAAAUGAUCAGAGUUGCGCACUUGAUAUCGAAGAAAACACCAGCGGUGACCUUCUAAACGCCACUUUGUCCGAAGAUGGACCCGAAGAAUUACCUGCCCUCAAUUUUGACACUAAAAUGACAUUGAAACCACCGAAAAAAACAUUGACCGAUGAUAUUAGGGCGGUGCUUGCGUUGGCUGAUAAUUUUGUCGCAGAGACUGCGAUACUGGAAGACGAAUAUCUGCGGAAUGAGGAGUAUUUGAACGAUGGCAAAUUGCCCGACAAUAAUAACGACGGUGACAGAUAUGAGAAUUCAACCGGUAUGGUAAACCAGUGUUCGAAUUCCGAUGCUAAGAUACCAGAAAAUUCAUCUAUUUCCGCCACACAAAAUGACAUGCUUUCGGGCGCAGCUAAUUCAUCCUAUUUGAAUAACAUUCGAGAUCAUCAAUCUGCUGUAAGUGAAGGCGAAAAUAGGCCAGAAAUUAACAAACAAGAAAUUACGAAUCCAGAUACGCCGCCGUUUAAUAUCGAAGACGUUACGAAAGAUGCGAAAAAUAGCCGUCCCGCUUCGCAUUCUACCGGCGAUGAGUAUCGGAAUAUUCAAAGCAAGAAUUUUGGAGGCCUUGAACGAAACGCUGCAGAUGUUGGAGGCACGGAUAAAAUCAUCGCAACACCGGAAGUCCACGAGGACAUCGAAGGAGACAAAGUGACCUUGGUAGAAGGAGAACAAGUAAUCGGUGUCGUGAGGGAACUGCAACCGCAAGGUUUAAAACAUUAUGAGAAAAAUUAUGUUGAAAUUUGCGAACAAGAACCUGAUGGAGCGGGUGAUAAAAAACGCAUCGACAACGGCGUGUCGGAAUCGCGAAUAAAUGAUGAUGAGAGAAUCGAAAAAAAGAUCAUGUCGCAAGAAUCUGCGAUUGACCAGGCUCCAAAAAGUGGAGAGGUUCGUAACGUGGACGGGCAAAAAGGUUCAGGCACUCUGGACGGUACAGAAGAUGAGCGGCAGAUUCGAGAUGAGUCGAAAAGUAAUUACAAAGAUCAGUCGAACGACGAAGCUGAACCUCCAAGAACCGUGGGAGAUAUCCACGAUGCAAAUUCUUACAGUGAAACUUUGGACCGAGAUACUAGACGAAAUGAUGAAUUUAAUCGCGUACAGCAGCAACUUGAAGAUUAUCAGAGCUCGGGAUUGGAGCAAACGCAUGAAACUAAUGAUCAGGAUUAUCACGAUGGACAACAAUAUCAGACGUUGGACACGAAUCAGUUACAUUAUUCGCAGGAUUCUGAUCACCAGUUUUUAGGAGAACAGUCAGAAGUGAAGGAUGAUAAUGGAGGAUAUACGGAUUAUCGGAAUGCAGAAUAUACAACUGAUCCAAAUGUGGAUUAUUCAGCUGAUCCCAAUGAACAAUAUUCAACUGAUCCCAACGAACAAUAUUCAGCUGAUGCGAAUGCGGAUUACGAAACUAAUCCGAACGCACAAUAUCCAAUUGAUCCAAAUGGGGAAUAUGCAACUGAUCCAAAUGGGGAAUAUGCGACCGAUCCAAGUGGGGAAUAUGCAACUGAUCCAAAUGGAGAAUAUGCACCCGAUCCAAGUGGGGAAUAUGCAACUGAUGCGAGGGCGCAAUAUCCAGUUGAUCCGAAUGGCGAUUACCCGCCAGAUCCAAACGCACAAUAUGCAAAUUAUCCAGUGGAUCCAAACGAUCAAUAUGGUUAUUAUCAGGAUCAGCAGUACGAGGGGGAUCCCAAUGCGGGGGAUUAUGAUCAAGACGUGAGUGGUCAGCAGUACGAUUAUGGAGGCGGUGAUGGUCAAGGUUUCCCACAGGAUCCAAACCAAGAAUCAUACGGCCACGAUGAUCCGAAUCUCCAGGGAUAUAACAACGAACAGCAGCAACAGGAAUACGAAGGAAAUGAGAUUUAUGACGAUAAUCAGCCUGGUGCUGUUGUUGCAUCAGGAGAAACGAUGGAUGCUGAUGCGGACCAACAGUUUCAAAGUGAAUUAUACCAAAACGACAAGCCAACAGAGUUGUCAAGUGCAGCUGUAAUAUCUGAAGAACGAAUAAACCAAAUAAACCCAGAAGUAAUUCCUAGUGAAAAUGAAACUGACGAUGAGGCGAAGGGAAAAAAUUCUUGCGACGGAACAAAGAAGAAUAAAGACGUGAUAAGGGCUUUAUUAGAAUCAGAUACCGACAGCACGAUAGAAAGAAAUCCAUCGAACAAUACGGAAAGCGAUUUCGAUUUCAAUUAAAAUGAUAGUAUCAUAAUAAUAACCAUGUGUUUUAUUGAGCUGCAUACAUGAAAAAAAAAUUCAUAGGAUGUACAAAUAUACUACAAUAUAUCGUUAUAAAUUGCGUGUACAUAUAUUUUAAGAAAUAUUUAUCUGUAAGAUGUAAUUAUAGGUAUAUUUAUAUGUAAGUAAUAAAACUAUGUUAUUUUAUUCGUUA